AUGAUGAUACGCACACCGUCAGACAGUUGGUGURAUGUGUAUGAUAUUGCUUUCUUUUAUYAAGGUUAUAAUUCAGACACCAUUGGGGAUUUAGAACAGAAGUGUCACUCUCUCCAAACCCAAGUUCAUGAGAUGGAGGAAUUCCUGGCUGAUUAUGGACUAGUGUGGGUUGGUAACCAGUACAUAGAGAAUGAAUAUCAGCCUCUUGAUGAUGACGAGGGACCCGUUAAUGAUCAGAACAUCGUCAGUAAAAGUGGAAUGUGGAACCCAGUUGCAUCCGUCCCACAAGACACCUUACAAAUCAACUUUGAUCUUCUCAUCAAGAACAUCAAGGAGCUAAACAUACUGUCAGGGGAGGGGUGUGCAGUUGUUUCCAAGACCAAGGAUGGUGCAAGACUAAAAGUUCCAGAUCCAGUUCCUUUGACACUGUUUUCAAAUGGUAUAUUCAUGUUUGGUGGGCCAUUUCGACCAUAUUCUGACCCAACAACUCAGCAAUGUAUUCAAGAUAUUAUGGAUGGUUAUUUCCCUUCAGAACUACAGUCCAGGUUCCCUGAUGGUGUGCCCUUUGAUGUCUCUGAUAAAAGAGAGAUAGCAUAUCAAGAUAGAAGAACAGAAAUCCUCUUUCCUGGUGAAGGACAGAGUUUAUUGAAAGACUCACCAGAUGACAGAGAAACUGGGAAAGUCACCAGUGAAGUUCCAGGACCUAAGAGCUCAGUUGAGAAUUUUCUGUCAAGACUUCCACAAUCUGUGGUUAAGGCUGGCAAGAUUAUUGAUGUACGAUCUGGUAUAGAGCAAACAAUUAAGGGAAGUGAUGGACAGCCUUCAAGCGUAGUUGUAGUGAACACUCCUGCUCUGAAUGACAUCAAAACAAGGGCUGAGGAGAAUGAUAAGAGUAAAGAAAGACCAAAAACAGGAACAACUAAAGUAACGACCCUAAGAAUCAAAUCUGAGACAGGAGAAAAGACAUAUUUAGUAAAGAUGAGCUUUACUGAUACUAUUGCUGAUUUAAGAGAACAUCUAAAUGCUGUCAGGCCAAAAGGUGCUCCUGAUUACAAUAUCAAGUCCUCAUUUCCUAAUAAGGUGUACAGUGAUCUUAGUGCUACGUUGGUAGAGUGUGGGCUGGUACCCAAUGCUACUUUGCACUUGUUAAUCAAGAAGGCAUAGGUCAGGGAUUCUUAUGUAGUAUAUAGUUUAGAGACUGUUUAAAUUAUGUGCAUAUAAUCUCGGAGUUCCUGUGGAAAAUGCAACCAUUCUUGAGUGGGAGAAUCUACGUAGCACUCAGUUGAUGUAAUAUAUUCAUAAAGAUAUAAUACAAAACAAAACACAUAAUACAAUAGAACGAGAAACAAUGGAAUACAAUACAUUUUAUGAAUACAUUACAUCAACUGCGUGCUACGUAGGUCACCCCAUUCUUUGAGUAGCGCAUGGCCAGAAAUCUCUCGAGAGUAAAAAAGAAUAAAGCUUUUAUGUUGGGUGAAUGAGCAAGAGAGACUGAUGAGGAAUCCUUGAAAUUUCAUCCAACAUGGCGGAUAUUACACAUCUUGUACAACAAGUUGUCAUAAUGUAUCAUGGCAAUCUAAACUUUUUAAUUUUUUUGCAUUUAAACUAUUUUGUACAUGUUCAUUGUAAACCGUUGCAGCGAAAAGAUAAUAUUGAUGAUAAUAAUUUCGUAUUAACAUCAUUAAAUAACAUAACAAAGCUC